CUUUCUGCUCCUGACCAUCAUCAUCAUCAUCACCAUCAGCAGUCAUGAUCUCUCGUUCUCUCCUGCUGGUUCUGCUGGUUCUUGCCUGCCUUCAGUCCUUCACAACAGCCAACAAUGCAAAAGGACCAGAUCAGUGCUGUUUCGGAUUUCAGAAUAAAACAAUCCCUGUAAGAGUCAUUGCAUCGUAUAGAGUAACAGAUCUUCAGUGUACAAAACAUGGAGUCAUCUUUACCCUGAAGAACGGUGGUCAGCGGUGUGGAGAUCCCAGUGUCGAGUGGGUGAAGGAUCGCAUGGACAAUAUUAACCAGCGCCUGUCUAACAGCCAGACUUCAACUGAAAAACCUGAUAAACCAGUCUCUACUGCCUCAUCCAUUACAAACGAGCCUGAUAAACCAGUCUCUACUGCCUCACCCGGUAGAAAUGCUUUACCCUGAAGAACGGUGGUCAGCGGUGUGGAUACCCCAGUGUCGAGUGGGUGAAGGAUCACAUGAACAAAAUUAACCAGCAUCUGUUUAACAACUAGAUCAAUUCUACAGAGAGUGUUUAAAUCCUCUCUCCAUUAAUAAGGAAUGAAUAUUUCUUUUACAAAAUGGACUUUUUACAUAGUCAGCUUUUUGCUAUAAAUCUAAACAAACUCUGACUUAAUCUUUGCAUAUUAAUUAAAUCUUAAAAUUUUAAUAUGUGUAAUAUAUUCACAUAUGAGUGAUCAGUGUGUUUGUUUCAUUCUGUGGAUUUUUUUCUCCCAUGUUUGAAUUCCUGUUCUGCUGCAAAAUUGUGUUGAAAUUGUUUCUAUCUUCCCGCAUAUUUGCAUCAAUGUUUGUAUUCUUUCUCUCUUACUAGUGGUUUGAAUUGUCACAAAAUAGUAGAAGGCUGAAGGUCAAUAAAUAAUCACUGUAUUAUGAGACGUGUUUCUGGUUCAUGCAGAAGUU